AUGGGAGCUGACUAUGAGAAAGCUUUAAUUGCUUUAGAAGAGACUAUGAGUGCUGUUAACUCAUCUGUUAAAUUAUUAUCUACUGGAUGCCCUAAUAUAAUUUGCACUGAACUUCCAACACAUUGGAGGUCAAAUAAAUCAUUACCAACACCAUUUAUUGUAUUCGCAUUGGGUCCUGUUCCAGAUGGUACAGUGGUUACAAUAUCGGCUGGUAAUGAAGAAAAUUCUUGCGCUGAUUUAAGAAAUAAUAAAACAUGUAUGAAUGGGCAAAUUGCAAGGUUUAGCGAUUUGCGUUUUGUUGGCAAAAGUGGCCGAGGAAAAAAUUUUCAUUUAACAAUAACGAUUGAAACAAAACCAGUGCAAAUUGCAAUUAUCGAAAAAGUAAUAAAGGUAACCGUUGAUGGGCCGAGAGAUUCGAGAACUAAUAAGCGAACUGUGACGCAUCGACGAUCAGCCGCAUCAGAUGAAAGUAAUAUUAAUAUGAAAGUUCGUCGUCGAUUAUCACCAGUCACAAUUCCAAGACCGGUACCAACAUUGGUCUCUCCGCUGCCCGUUUUUUCACCGCUUUUUAAUUCAUAUUCAUUUGUACCGAAUACACCAAUCGCCCCAGCAACAACACGACUCCCUCUGACUUUUGCGAGUACAAUCGCAACUCAUCAUUCUAUAACACCUUUAUCUUGUAGUAUUCCUGUUAACUUACCUCGAGCUCAAUUGCGAAUGAGUAAUGAUAUGGAAGAACCAAUCGGUGCACGAACAAGGAGGAAAACAACAAAAAUUUGGAAACCAUAUGUACAUUAA